AUGUCUCGUAUACGUAAAGAUUUAUCGCUUGCGCAAAAAUUAGAUAUUCUAGACAAAAUUAAAUUACAGCCACCAGGCUGUAGUACUCGUCGUCUUUCGGAAAUUUUAGGAGUAUCAAAAUCAACAAUCGCGCGAAUUCAACUACAAGAACAGUUUUUGCGAGAACAAGCUCUUAGCCAAGUGACAACGCGGAAAAGGAAACGAGAGGGUAAAGAUGCAGAUGUAGACGAGGCACUUACACAAUGGUUUACACUGGCUACUAGUCGGGUCGUUCAAGUGUCGGGUCCUAUAUUAAAAGCUAAAUCCGAAGACCUUGCAAGGAAACUUGUUAAUGACGAAUUCAAAGCCACCGACGGUUGGUUAUCUAGGUGGAAAGUACGACACGACAUAAAAUUUAAAAUAUCACAUGGUGAAAAAGCUAGUGCAAAUUCAGAGUAUGCCGAUGAAUGGAAAUUUACAAAAUUACCACAGAUUCUUGCAAAAUUUUCUCUCGAUGAUAUUUAUAACGCAGAUGAAACAGGAUUGUACUAUCGUGCAACUCCAGAUGAUUCUCUGUGUUUUAAACACGAAUCGAUAGCUGGAUCAAAAAAAGCUAUGGACAGAUUAACUAUACUGUGUUGUGUGAACUAUCAUGCAAAUAAAAACGCAUGGAUGACUUCGGCCAUUUUUACCGAUUGGUUGCAACGUUGGGAUAGUGAGUUGAACAAAACAAAAAAGGCUAUAAGUCUCGUCUUAGACAACUGUACUGCCCAUCUUAAUAUAUCUUUGAAAAACAUCAAGCUUGAGUUCUUACCACCUAAUACAACGUCACUAAUUCAGCCUUUAGAUAUGGGUGUUAUCCAAAAUUUAAAGGUUAAGUAUAGAGCAACACUGGUCAAUUACAUUUUAGAAAAGAUUGAAGACAAUUUACUUGAAUCAAAAUCAACAGCAAUAGAUAUCAGUAAAAAAAUUAAUAUCCUACAAGCAAUUCAAUUUAUUUCAGACAGCUGGCGUGAUGUAAGUAGUCAGACAAUAAAAAAUUGUUUUCGAAAGUGUGAUUUUUUGGAGGAAAGUUAUAACAAUGAUCAACAGUUGGAACCUAAUUCCGAAGAAAAUGAUAACGUAAGAGUGCUAAAUAACGUAGAAUUUGAACAACUGGAUUCAAAUGUUAUGACCAAAAUGAAUACGCCGAUGAUCGGAAUCGACUGUAGUACAAAUAGAAAAAAAAGAAAAAUCACACCAAAGGAGAAACUAACAAGAAAAAAAACUAGGAAUGAGAAUGAAUGGAUAGAUGUAAAGGCAAAAAAACAUUUAAACUACGGUGAAGAGUAUGUAUACAGAUCAAGGAUCCUUAAGAAGAAAAAAGUUAUGGGACCACCAUGUAAAAAAUGUAGAUUAAAAUGUAUGGAUAAACUUAGCGAAGAAAUCCGGAAGAAUCUGUUCAGUGAAUAUUGGCAGUUAGGAGACCAUACCAGACAGUGGGAUUUUAUAGCUAGAUGGGUAAAAAUUACUGAAAAAAAGUAG